CAGCCUUCCUGUGUGGUUUCAGCUGCCCAGAGAGUGUCAUGGACCUGGGGAAACCAAUGAAAAGCCUGCUGGUGGUGGCUCUCCUUGUCAUUUUCCAGGUAUGCCUAUGCCAAGAUGAGGUCACAGAUGAUUACAUCGGAGACAAUACCACGGUGGACUACACUCUCUACGAGUCCGUAUGCUUCAAGAAAGACGUGCGGAACUUUAAAGCCUGGUUCCUGCCGCUCAUGUACACCAUCAUUUGCUUCAUGGGCCUGCUGGGCAACGGGCUGGUCGUACUGACCUACAUCUAUUUCAAGAGGCUCAAGACCAUGACUGACACCUAUCUGCUCAACCUGGCCAUGGCCGACAUCCUCUUCCUCCUGACUCUUCCCUUCUGGGCCUAUAGCGCAGCCAAGUCCUGGAUCUUUGGUGUGCACGUUUGCAAGAUCAUCUUCGGCAUCUACAAGAUAAGCUUCUUCAGCGGCAUGCUGCUGCUUCUUUGCAUCAGUAUUGACCGCUACGUGGCCAUUGUCCAGGCCGUCUCGGCCCACCGCCACCGUGCCCGAGUUCUCCUCAUCAGCAAGCUGUCCUGCGUGGGCAUCUGGAUGCUGGCCAUGGUGCUGUCCACCCCAGAGCUGCUGUAUAGCGGCGUCCAGAAAAGCAGCAGCGAGCAAGCCCUGCGGUGCUCCCUUGUCACCGAGCACGUGGAAGACCUGAUCACCAUCCAGGUGGCCCAGAUGGUGGUGGGCUUUCUGAUCCCCCUGGGGGCCAUGAGCUUCUGCUACCUCGUCAUCAUCCGCACCCUGCUCCAGGCCCGCAACUUCGAGCGCAACAAGGCCAUCAAGGUCAUCAUCGCCGUGGUCGUGGUCUUCAUCGCCUUCCAGCUGCCCUACAAUGGGGUGGUCCUGGCCCAGACGGUGGCCAACUUCAAUAUCACGGGCAGCAGCAGCUGCGAGCUCAGUAAGCAGCUCAACAUUGCCUAUGACGUCACCUAUAGCCUGGCUUGCGUCCGCUGCUGCGUCAACCCUUUCUUGUAUGCCUUCAUUGGUGUCAAGUUCAGGAAUGACCUCUUCAAGCUCUUCAAGGACUUGGGCUGCCUGAGCCAGGAACGGCUCCGCCAGUGGUCUUCCUGCCGCCACACCCGGCGCUCCUCCAUGAGCAUGGAGGCCGAGACCACCACCACCUUCUCCCCGUAGGUGGCGCUACACUCGGACGAGAGGGACCUCUCCCAGGGCCCUGGGGCCCUGGGAACCGGACGGGCAGCAGGAGACUGGGGCUCCAAAAGCUGCAGAGGGAAAGGCAGUCCUGGCCGUGAAGCUCUGUCUCGUGGGGAGAGGACGUGCAGCAGCCGGGACCCCUGGCCCUAGCUACCUCCACCCAGGUUCCAAAGCGUUGUGACCGAUAAGCUGCGCCAAAUCCUGUGACACUCCAAAACCAAGGCUGCUGUCCCCCAGACCAAGAAUCAAGAGUGGAAGUGGGGAAACAGUCCGCACUUGGAGUGAAGGGAGAGUUGGUGACAGGUGGACCGGAGAAGGGCACAUGGCAAGUCCUCUGAAUGAAACCCCUUCUGACCCAGGAAGACAUCCUCCCUGAGAGUCGAGGGCUGAGGCAAGGUCUUCCAGAAAACAAGGCUUUGUCUCUGAGACCUGAGAUGGUUGGGAGACUUCUCGGCUUGGCAGGGAAAGGGGAUGCCAGCAGGUCAAAAUCUCUGAAUUCCUCCCUCCGCCUCUUUCUCACUGUCAUCUGAGCCACCAAGGAAUGGCAGGCUCCAGACCUCCCUGAAACCACACUUGCCCAGUGCCCGCCACCUCUCAUGAGGCCGCUGCCCGCCCAGGCUCUCCUCAGGGAGGGGCGUGGUGUUUCCUGCGGGCCAAGCCAGCGGCCUCUGCCUGGCCAAAACCACGCUCCCGGCCAGGACUCUGGGGCACAGAUGACGUGGUGCGGCGAGCCCUUCUUGGGUGGGUCUCAGCUCUGCUCCGAAGGAGGAGAGGGCAGGCAGAGAGGUUAGGGACCGGGACCGGGGGUGGGGGGGAUGGAGGAGUGGUGUCAGUAUUGACUGCUGAAAGCCAGUGAGCUGCUCUUUGUUCUUAGUCAUGGGGACAAAAAAACGCUCAUCCUGGCUUGCUUUCAGUUCAUUAAGACAGCGCAGUUUAUUCACAGACAAAUACAAGUUUUCCUUUGUGGAAACAACAGCUUUAAAAGAAAGGGGGGACAUUUUCAGUAAAUGGCAAAUGGGUAUGUCCCUGUUUUGCAAGCCCCCACUUCCCACCUGAUCACCUCCUCUUCUCUGCCCUCCCUGGGCUUCAUUUCUGAGAGAUGAUCAGAGCCGCGGGGUCUGCCAAGCUAUGCUCUGAGCCCCUCCUGUGACACCAUCCCAGGAGGCUGAAAGAGGGAGGGGGAGGGAAAGCACAGGGUGCCCAACUUGCAAAUGUCCUUCCAGAACUCAUGGGAGAGGACCCAAGCCUGUGCCAUCAGCAGUGACCCACAGACGUGGUAUGAGCUGAACUUUGGAGAGAGCCAAGCUGUCCUUAAAACAUCAACGGCUGGGAGCUCUCCGUCACCUUUAGCAACAUUUACUCACUGGUCAGCUCGUCCCGUCCCUGCUCGGUCUGUAACUUAGAGCCCAUAAGCCUUUGUCAGUCCCUUCAAGCUCCCCACAAUGGUUCUUAGAGGAAGGGCCGCCUCCACCCCUGGGCACCCAGACUACAGCAUGCUAGAUUAAGGAGGCUGGGCAUGGCACCCAUGUGAUAGGCUGCACCCUUUGCUUGGAAGCCAAGUUCAUCCACAACCCACCCUACAGACCACCGUUGCAGCAAUAGCCGAUGUCCAGUGACCCAUCAUGCAGGAGCAGGGAUCAGGGAACAGCCACUGCCCACAACAUAGAUCCAUGUCCCUGGGAUCCCUGACACCUUCCCGGAACCCUGACUCCUCCAAGCCAGAGAGGAGGUUAGCCCAAAGCUGUGAUGCAUGAGGAGUCAUCUGAAGGGCCCAGCACAGCGACAGCUGGGGGCCUGGCAGGGGGUGAGAGGGAGGGUAUACUCGGGUAAAGGUGAUAGUAUACAUUUUCCAGAGAGCCUGCUUGGUAAUGCAGCCCAUUCUCUCUGGUCCUCAGCACAUGACCUUUGUCUCCUCCGUGGGCUGCACUGGGCACGACUGGUUGGCCAGCAUGCCCUGGGGAAAAGGAAGCUGGCCCGGGUGCAGCCAGGGGGGAGUGGUGCUUGCCACAGCAGGGCUGAGCAGUAAAACAUGCAGCUACAGAUGUGUGUGCAUGAGUGUGGGGUGUGGGGAGGACCCCAGAGGGCCUGUGGGGUCCCCGAGAGGUGCAUGGAGCCCACUGGUAUGUACGUCCUAAUGAGGGUAUGGGCAAGAAACCAAUCCUCCGUUCCUGAAGGGAGGAAUUCAAGGGCACACUCAUGAGCCGGAAGCCAGGCCAACCGCACAAACAUGCCAUCCCGGCUUCAGAUACAUUUUUCUAAAAUAACUGGACAUCUCCGAGUAUUUACAAAGACAACAGAACCCCAGCCAUGUUAAUUCCCCAAACUGCUCUAUCUCAGCUCAUAGCUGCCCUGGACCCUGCUCCCUUGCCCAGAGCUCUCCUGGGCCUACCCUGAACUUUAGGGGACCCCUAGGAAGAAGGAACAAACUCACUGGGGAGCUCCCCUGCCCCAGCACCCAAGGCUUCUCUCUCCCUUUCUAUCAUCUGCUUCAUACAACUGCUUCCAUGAACGGGUUUCAUGGCCCCCAUGGCCCCCCCUCCUGUCUCUUGUAGCUUUCCCCUUCUCUCCAUCCCCAUCUUCCCUGGCUGCACCCCCAGGGCCCACCUCUGCCCUUACAGCCAGAAGCACCACGCCUCAAGAAUCAUGGAUUCACAGAACUGCAAGGGACCGCAGGGAUCUGCUGGUCCACCCCAAUCAGCCUCUAGAUGGGGAAACCAAGGCCCAGAAGGAGGAACUGACUUGCUUAAAGAGACUUUGCAAUAUAAGGAUACCGGAUCAGCUGGCUUUGGGGGCCUGAGGGUCUGGCAGGAUUAUGGGAAGCGGAUGGGAGAGAGCGGACCUCUGAAGCCAGGCUGACUGGGAACCUCAUCUCUGUUGCUUCCCAGCUGUGUGACCUUCAGCUGUUGCUCAACUGCUCUGAGGCUCAGAUUUCUCAACUGCAAGAUGGAGAGGAUUUGGCAAACAUGUCACACGGCGCCUGGAAUGUGGAACAUGGUGAUGAGGAGCAGGGGUUCUGUGGCCAGACUGCCUGGUUUGAAUCUCAGCUAAGCUCCUCGGGCUCCUUACUUAGUCCGUGUUUCGGUUUCCUAGUCUGUGUGAUGGGGAAAAUCAUAGCACCUACCUCCUAGGACUGUUGUGAGGAGCAAAUAAAUUCACAGAU